ACGGUGUGAGGAACAUUUCACUAUCCAUCUAGCCGUCGCCUUCAGCACCGGCCUCCAUGACCUCGCCAGUCCGCCGAUCGGCGGCCCCCGUGCUGCUGGUUCUGCUCCUUGUCUUUUCCUCGUCGGUCUCCGCCUGGAAGAAGGAGGAAUUCCGAUCCUGCAAGCAGACCCCCUUCUGCAAGCGCGCCCGUACCCGCGCCCCUCACUCGCUUCCUCCUUUCUCCGUUUCCGACGUAUCCCUGUCCGAUGGCUCUGUGUCCGGCCGCCUUGUUCCCUCCCCUUCCAUCCGCCAGGUCACUGACGAGGAUCCCUCGGCCGACGCCGCCGUUGACGACACCGCCCAGCGGCCUCUCCUCUUCCGCCUCUCCGUUUACCACGGGGGCAUCUUACGCCUGGAGAUCGAUGAGGAUCCGUCCUCCGCGCCGACUCCCAAGCGCCGUUUCCGCCUUCCCGAUGUUCUCCUUCCCGAUCUCGAGGAUCGCCGCCUCUGGCUCCCCCGCCUGUCGUCCCCCUCCGGUGUUGCCGCGACUUCCUUCUACCUUGCUGAUGGAUUCGAGGGCAUUCUCCGCCACGACCCUUUCGAGAUCGUCGUCCGCCGUACUGGUUCAGAGGGCGAGCCCGUCCUCUCCUUUAACUCCCACGGGUUGUUCGAUUACGAGCAGCUGAGGGCAAAGAAAGAAGGUGAAGACUGGGAGGAAAACUUUCGCAGCCACACGGACUCGCGGCCUCACGGACCACAGUCAAUAAGCUUCGAUGUUUCAUUCCACGGUGCCAAUUUUGUGUACGGGAUCCCCGAGCACGCUUCUCCGUCACUUUCUCUGCGCCCGACGAGAGGCUCCGGAGUAGAUGAAUCCGAACCUUACCGCCUCUUCAACCUCGAUGUUUUCGAAUACCUCCAUGAUUCCCCAUUCGGCAUCUACGGUUCCAUUCCAUUUAUGCUCUCCCACGGCACCCGUUCGACCUCCGGAUUCUUCUGGCUUAACGCUGCCGAGAUGCAGAUUGAUGUCCUCGCGCCUGGGUGGGAUGAUUCUGCCGCGCCGAACGCUGGGAGGGUCGACACAUUUUGGAUGAGCGAGGCUGGAGUGGUGGAUGCAUUUUUCUUUGUUGGUCCAGGCCCAAAAGACGUGCUGAAACAGUAUGCGUCUGUGACGGGGACUCCGGCCAUGCCCCAGGAGUUUGCUGUGGCGUAUCACCAGUGCAGGUGGAAUUACAGGGAUGAGGAGGAUGUUGCAGCUGUGGAUGCUGCUUUUGACGAGCAUGAUAUACCUUAUGAUGUUUUGUGGCUCGACAUAGAACAUACUGAUGGGAAGAGAUACUUCACUUGGGAUCGGACGCUGUUCCCACAUCCUGAGGAGAUGCAGAAGAAGUUGGCUGCCAAAGGGAGGCACAUGGUGACAAUCGUGGACCCUCACAUUAAGCGGGAUGAUUCCUUUCAUGUGCAUAAAGAGGCAACUGAGAAGGGUUACUACGUCAAAGAUGCAUCAGGGAAGGAUUUCGAUGGAUGGUGUUGGCCAGGGUCCUCAUCGUAUUCUGACAUGUUGAACCCGGAGAUAAGAGAAUGGUGGGCUGACAAAUUCUCUUACAAGAAUUAUGUUGGUUCGACUGCAUCAUUAUAUAUAUGGAAUGACAUGAAUGAGCCUUCAGUCUUCAAUGGUCCUGAGGUAACCAUGCCCAGGGAUGCCAUACAUCAUGGGGAGGUAGAGCACCGAGAAUUACACAAUGCAUAUGGUUACUAUUUCCAUAUGGCUACAGCUAAUGGACUCGUAAAGAGAGGUAAUGGAAAAGACAGGCCAUUCGUGUUAUCAAGAGCCUUUUUUGCUGGAAGUCAACGGUACGGGGCAAUCUGGACUGGAGAUAACUCAGCAGAUUGGGAUCAUCUCAGAGUUUCAGUUCCAAUGAUCCUAAACCUUGGUCUUACUGGCAUGUCAUUUUCUGGUGCUGAUGUUGGAGGGUUUUUUGGCAACCCUGAAGUAGAUUUGUUAGUACGAUGGUACCAGCUUGGUGCUUACUAUCCAUUCUUCAGAGCUCAUGCACAUCAUGACACCAAGCGACGAGAACCUUGGCUAUUUGGAGAGGAAAAUACUGCUUUGAUGAGAGAGGCAAUACAUAUCCGGUACUCAUUAUUGCCAUACUACUACACACUAUUUAGAGAGGCUGCUACAAGUGGCAUUCCAAUCAUGCGUCCUUUGUGGCUGGAAUUUCCUGCUGAUAAAGAAACAUAUGACAAUAGUGAGGCUUUCAUGGUUGGAUCAAGCCUGUUAGUCCAGGGUGUUUAUGAGAAGAAUCAAAAGUCAGUAUCAGUUUAUUUGCCUUCUGGAGCAUCUUGGUUUAAUUUGAGAAAUGGAGUCAAGUAUGAUGGAGGUGUCUUACUCAAACUGGAUGCUUCAGAAGAUAGUAUACCCAGUUUCCAGAGAGCUGGUACUAUUAUUCCCAGAAAGGACAGGUUCAGGCGAAGUUCCACCCAGAUGGUCAAUGAUCCUUACACAUUGGUAAUUGCUCUCAACGGUUCACUUGCUGCCGAGGGGGAGCUCUACAUUGAUGAUGGCAAAAGCUAUGACUUUGAGAAGGGAGCCUACAUCCACCGUCGUUUCAUUUUUGCCAAUAAUAAGCUAACAUCAAUAGACAUCCGCCCUUCCACCGCAGGCGAGAAGAAAUUCUCCUCGGAUUGCACCAUUGAGAGAAUUAUACUCCUUGGGCUACCAUCUGGAGCCAAAAAAGCAGUGGUUGCACCAGGAAAUCAUGAGAUGAACAUCGAACUUGGUCCACUCACUCUUCGGAAAGGAUCAAAGCCAAUUGCGCUCACAAUCAGGAAGCCCAACAUUCGGGUUGCAGAUGACUGGUCUGUUAGGAUAUUUUAGUUUUGCUGGUAAUGAAUUUUGGUUGAUCAGCUAACUCUAUUCUUAGAUAUACCGCUAUAAUUUUCGAAACUUUGCUCUCAAUUUAUGCAUUUUGUGGUUCCACAAAUCCUGGUUCAUGUAUACAUCGUAUUUGCAGAAAAUUUGGAUUUUACUUCCUGCUUCUGCAAAAGUUGCAUUGCUUUUA